CAAAAAGUGAGAAAAGUAAAAGAGAGAGAAAUAAAGGAUAGGUCGGUAGAGCUCCAUUGAAAACCAAAACUGUGAUUUCUGAGACAGUGUUAACCAACAUGCUUGUGAGAUCAAGUACUUUCAUCCCAUCACUCUCCGCCGCUAUUACUGCACGCACAGCAAACAGCUACAUCACACGCCGACGACCUGCUCGACAAAAUGCCACAGCCGCCAACACCAACACUUCCCCGCCACUUUCACUUCUCCACCAACUCCCCCCCAAAUCCGCCUACGUCCACCUCCCCUUCUGCCGCCGCCGCUGCCACUAUUGCGACUUCCCCAUCAUCGCCCUCGGCUCCGACCAGAACACGAGCGGCAGAGAUGACCCGCGAAUCUCCAGCUACAUCGGCACCCUGUGCCGGGAAAUCGAGGCCACGGCCUCCUCGGGCCAAUCCCUCGGCACGGUGUUUCUGGGCGGUGGGACCCCCUCGCUUGUACCGCCUCGCCUCGUCCGCUCGGUCCUCUCCGCGCUUUCCGCCAAGUUCGGUGUGCGAGCGGAUGCGGAAAUCUCGAUGGAGAUGGACCCCGGCACGUUUGAUGACGUGGCGCUCAGGGAUUUGAUGGGUUUUGGCGUGAACAGGGUUUCGCUCGGGGUGCAGGCGUUUCAGGACGAGCUGCUGAGUGCGUGCGGCCGCGCCCAUGGCCUGCGUGAGGUUCGUGAGGCCAUUGAAAUUGUGAGGUCGUGCGGGGUCCCCAUCUGGAGCUUGGACCUCAUAUCAUCGCUCCCGCAUCAGACGCCAGCCAUGUGGGCCCAGAGUUUGAGGCUUGCAAUCGAGGCUGGGCCCACGCACAUUUCCGUCUAUGAUCUGCAGGUGGAGCGGGACACCAAGUUUGGAGCCCUAUACAGUCCUGGUGAAUUUCCUCUACCUAGUGAGAAUAUGUCGGCUGAGUUUUACCGAAUGGCCUCCGGAAUGCUUAGGGAAGCAGGCUACGAGCAUUACGAAAUCAGCAGCUACUGCAAGCCCGGAUACCGUUGCAAACACAACAGCACAUACUGGAGAAACGAGCCCUACUACGCUUUCGGUCUAGGCUCGGCAAGCUUUCUUCGUGGAGUGAGGUUCUCAAGGCCGAGGAGGCUCAAGGACUACGUGGAUUACGUGAAAACUUUGGAAGAUGGAUCGACUGAUUGUGUGGGCCCCACAGAUGCUAAGGAUUUGGCAAUGGAUGUUGUGAUGCUCUCUCUUAGGACAGCCGACGGCUUGGAUUUGAGACGUUUCAGGGAAGCUUUUGGGGACUCUGUCACGCGUUCCAUUUGCGAGGUCUACACGCCUCAUGUGGAGAGUGGGCACGUCAUUUUUUUGGACGAGCAAGAAAAAUGUGAAAGUAUUCCGGGUGAUGGGUGUGGAUUUAUAAGGCUGAGUGAUCCGGACGGUUUUCUGUUGUCCAACGAGCUCAUAUCUCUUGCUUUUGGUGCCAUUUCUCCAUGAAACUUUUCCCUUUUUAACUUUUCCUUUUACUGUUAUGAAAUCAAUUUCACCAACUGCACAUCAACCAUGUCUAUUACAUUUGGCCUUGAUUUAAAGGUGAAAACUUUUAUGAGUAGAGAGUAGUUAACAUUGUUAGGAAAAAUGGUAUAUGUGAUUUUUGUGGUUAAUUAUGAGGUUAGAAUUUGUUGAUGCCUAGAUUUGUAUGCUUUGAAUUGUAUAAAGGUCGAGAUUUUGAUAUGAAGCUUGGUUAUUUGGGUUUACGGAGCUGAGCUCCAUUAGAGUAGUCUUUAGAACCCAACCUGUGCAUAGAGAUGUUUGUGCAUUCGAAUUAUAUUGGCAUUUUUGGGUGGCUUCUCUGUCAGUGAACAUCGUGAAAUGUUCUUACUUGAUCU